CAGGAAAGAAGCAGCGGACACUAGCGGCUGUUCGGUCACAGUUUCUGACGGACGUUUUAUGGUGUUACACAACAUACCGGUACGUGCCAUUUUCGUUUGUCAAACUGAACACAAUGCUAGCCAGCAGCUGACAAAAUGAGUUUGUUUUUGGCCAAAUUGUCAUGCAAAAGGGACAUAGACGAGGUAAUAAAAACGGUCGCUGAAAAGGUUUUAGUGCUUCGGUUUGGAAGAGAUGAAGACUCGGUCUGCCUGCAGCUUGACGAGAUUCUGUCCAAAACCGCCCACGACCUGAGUAACAUGGCGUCUAUCUACAUCGUGGAUGUAGACUCGGCUCCCGUCUACACGAGAUACUUCGACAUCAGCUACAUCCCGUCUACCGUCUUCUUCUUCAACGGACAACACAUGAAGGUUGAUUAUGGGUCCCCAGAUCACACCAAGUUCGUGGGCAGUUUUAAGACCAAGCAGGACUUCCUGGAUCUGAUCGAGGUGAUCUACAGAGGAGCUAUGAGAGGGAAGAUGAUCGUCAAGAGUCCCAUCGACCCUCAGAACAUCCCCAAGUACGACCUGCUCUACCAUGGGAUCUAACCCCAUCACGACCUGCUCUACCAUGGGAUCUAACCCCAUCACGACCUGCUCAACCAUGGGAUCUAUAACCCCAUCACGACCUGCUCAACCAUGGGAUCUAUAACCCCAUCACGACCUGCUCAACCAUGGGAUCUAACCCCAUCACGACCUGCUCAACCAUGGGAUCUAACCCCAUCACGACCUGCUCAACCAUGGGAUCUAUAACCCCAUCACGACCUGCUCAACCAUGGGAUCUAACCCCAUCACGACCUGCUCAACCAUGGGAUCUAACCCCAUCACGAGCACAGAACGGAUUGGCCCAGCACAGAACGGAUUGGCCCAGCCUGGACAACUGUGGUAUUGGCGUUAUCAAGAGACCCCACUGCAGCUGGCGCCAUCUCACUUCACCAUUCAUACUGAUGUCGUGUUCAGUGAAACUGUCCAUAACGUCAGGGUUGAUAUUUCCUAGGGAAAUAGAUCUCUAUAAGAGACACAGGUACAUGUCAGAGUGGACAAUCCUUCAUUUCAUACAAUGAAGACUCGUUGACAGCUGGACAUUUCUUGUUGCCUCUUGUUUAUAGUGGGAAUGAAUGCCGAACCUAAAGUAUGUUUGGUGACGAGGUCUGACCCCUUGUUGACUCUUGUUUAUAGUGGGAAUGAAUGCCGAACCUAAUGUAUGUUUGGUGACGAGGUCUGACCCCUUUUGAAAUGUGUUAAAUGUGUCACUUCAAAUAAUGUUUGGUUUCAUCUCUACUGUUUCACCACAAUAAAUGUAAUAAGGCCA